CUCUUUAAUCAGUAAACUAUAUCUCGUUUUUCAUAAUGUACAUCACAACUUUUGGUAUAAUUUUAUUAUUGAGUAAUUACCAAUGUAUCAUGGGUGAUUGCCCAACAAUUUGUCCCCGUAUACUUGAGCCAGUUUGUGGAGAGGUUAAAAAUGCUGAUGGCGAAACUUUGACAUGUACAUUCGAAAAUAAAUGUGAGUUAGAAAAGUUCACUUGUAAUGCAAAUCAAGACAUGGUAGUUACUCAGGAAGAUCCUUGUGAAACAGAAUCUGAAGGAUGUUACGACAUUAUUUUUGAAUAAAAAGAAUUCAUAGUUUUUGUGAAUAUAUAAAAUCUAAAAAAUCAGCAAAGUUAUAUGCAAAAAUGUAUAAAUGUAGUGGUAAAAUAUAUGUAUACUUGAAUUCAUAGU